AUGGGCGAUUCUGAAGACACUAAGGUAGCUGUUCUAUCCGCUCUAGCCGACUUCUUCAACAUCUCGUCCCAAAACCUCCAAGAUGCCCGCAACCACCUUCUCGAGACCUCUUACGUCAUACAGUCCACCCCAGAUACUAUCGAGCAGACGACACUAGGAGAGCUAUUCCUCAGCGACACAAAGCAAAAGGGUCAUCUUGAAUGGGCCAUAAACAAACCCCAAGAAAUCUUCAUUCACGAGAAGCUCGCUGCAGUUUGGAGCGGGUGGUCUAUUCGUGCCGAUGACGGUACUAAAAUUAUGCUCUAA